AUGGAGCUUUUCAAGAUGUUCAUGUCCAUUGCUUUACUUUCUGCGGUGGGGGUGUUUGUGCGUCUGUACAAGGCUCUGGUGACGGAGCCGGCCAGGGUUAGAAGGAUACUGAAGAAGCAGGGAAUAAGCGGACCACCACCAAGUUUUCUACUUGGUAAUAUGAUGGAGGUCAAGAAGCCAAUCGAUGCGGCCGCCAAGGCUACUAAAUCCGCUGCCAAUAAUGGAACCCAACUCGACCACAACUGGGUCAAGAAGCCAAUCGAUGCGGCCGCCAAGGCUACUAAAUCCGCUGCCAAUAAUGGAACCCAACUCGACCACAACUGGGUUGCCACUCUCUUUCCUUUCUUCGAGAAGUGGAGACAAAUAUACGGUGAAUUGUUUGUGUUUUCUCUUGGUAAUUCACAAAUAAUGUAUGUGAAUCACCCUGAUUUGAUCAAAGAGAUAACCACACAUACAACCUAUGACUUGGGUAAACCUUCAUAUCACCGAAAAGAGUUUGGUCCUUUGCUUGGCGAUGGCAUUCUUACCACAAAUGGACCUACCUGGGCGUAUCACAGAAAAGUCCUUGCUCCAGAAUUGUACAUGGAGAAAAUCAAGGGAAUGACAAACCAAAUAUCAGAGUCUGUAGUUAUUUUGGUUGAUGCAUGGAAGAACAAAAUUGAUUCCGAGGGUGGACUUGCAGAUAUAAACAUUGACGAGUACAUGAGAACCUUUUCCGGAGACGUGAUUUCAAGGGCUUGUUUUGGUAGCAAUUAUGUCAAAGGAAAAGAGAUAUUCAACAGGCUUAAAGUCCUUCAGGAGGCUACUUCUGAUAAAGUUUUAUCAAUUGGUAUCCCUGGAAUAACAUAUCUUCCAACAAAGGCUAACAGAGAAGCAUGGGCACUAGAGAAAGAGAUCCAUAAUUUGAUCCUAGAGGUGGUAAAGGAGAGGAAGGAAACUGGGGCAGAGAGAGACCUUUUGCAAAUGGUUAUGGAAGGCGCUGAAAAUGGUGAAAUGAACCAAAAAGAAAUAGACCAAUUCAUUGUUGCUAACUGCAAAAACGUAUACUUGGCAGCGCAUGAGGCUAGUGCAAUUGGGGCAUCAUGGUGUCUUAUGCUCUUGGCCUCAAACCCAGAAUGGCAAGAUCGAGUUCGUGCUGAGGUCCUUGAAAUUACUGGCGGUCGAACACCAGAUGCUGAUAUGCUCCGUAAAAUGAAACAGUUAACAAUGGUCCUUCAAGAAACGUUGCGUCUUUACCCAUCUGGGCCUGCAUUGGCAAGGGAGGUUUUGAAUGAUGUCACUAUCGGGGGUUAUCAAAUACCGAAGGGUGUCAUCCUUUGGACCAUGGUUGUGACAAUGCACACUGAACCUGAAUUCUGGGGACCGGACGUCUUGAACUUUAACCCGGAGAGGUUCGCAAAUGGGGUCAAUGCUGCGUGCAAGCUUCCACACGGAUUCUUGCCUUUCGGAUUUGGGCCACGAAUUUGUGUUGGGCAGCACUUGGCCAUGGUGGAACUGAAGAUGCUAAUUGCUUCCCUUCUUCCACACGGCUUCUUGCCUUUCGGAUUUGGGCCACGAAUUUGUGUUGGGCAGCACUUGGCCAUGGUUGAACUGAAGAUGCUAAUUGCUUCCCUUGUGUCCAACUUCUCUUUCACUCUUUCUCCCAAGUAUGUCCACUCUCCAGCCCUGAAACUGGUUAUAAAGCCUGAAUUUGGAGUUGAUCUGCUGAUAAAGAAGCUCUAAGGUCUGCACCUUUGGAUACAUUUUCUUCCAAGAGAUAACUACUUUCAGUCCGCGGAACAAAACUUAUGUUGAUAUAAGGGGAGAAAACAUCUUUCUUAAUUUGAAGCCCACCAUUGUAUUUUUUGUUUGUUCUUUAAACUGUUUGAUAUGAUUACCUAUUAAAAAUGGUGUAUGAUUUCACAUGUAAUCCACGAUGCAUCUCUCUUUUUUGAAUAUUUCAGAUUUCGCUAUUGUUUUCAC